UAAAUCUCAGAUAAACCCUAACUGGAAAUUAAACUUUUCAACUCUAUAGAAGAUUCUAGUUGCUUUUCUUUUAUUGCUAAUACUUCAUAUUUAACCACAACAUACAACUUCUUUUAGUUGUCUUCAGUCUUAACCAUCUACAGUUUGCAAAACCCUCAUUUUCUCUCUCCUCCAAAUCAAUUAUUUUCUGGGCAUUUCACAGUUUGAGAGAAAUGGCAAAGCGUCUGAUACCCACAUUUAAUCGCAUUUUGGUUGAGAAAAUUACAGCUCCUGCCAAAACAACUGCUGGAAUCUUGCUUCCAGAAUCUUCUAGCAAGCUCAAUUCUGGGAAAGUCAUUGCUGUGGGCCCUGGGACUCAUUGCAGUGAUGGGAAACUGAUCCCUGUGAGUCUCAAAGAGGGGGAUACUGUUCUUUUGCCUGAGUAUGGUGGCUCAGAAUUUAAGCUUCAAGAAAAAACGUUUCAUCUCUACAGGGAAGAUGACAUACUUGGAACUCUACAUGAUUGAUUUCAGUUCAUUGGUAGUUUCGUGCGACACUAAAUCCAGCGUGUAGGAAUUUUCAGUUCAGUUGGUGGUUUCCUGUCACACUAAAUCCAACGUUUUCGAGCUUCCAGUUCAGUGGUGGUUUCUUGGCACACUUAAUCAAGCGUGUAGGAGCUCCCCCCCCCCCCCCCCCAAAAAAAAAACCCCUUUCCCGAAAAAACAGAAAAGGCUCCAUGAGCUAAAUUGGCAAAUUGGAGAAGCUCUUCCUCUUUUUGACAAUAUUUGUACCAAUAAUAAAAUUAAUCAUCUUUGAAUUGGAAAUUUUUAUUUUGAGGGGAACUUUUCUUCUA